UUUACGGUUAGGAAUACAAAAUUUACGCACUUUUAUUAGUGUUUAAUACAUACCGUGUUUCUUGAUGAGUAAAUACAUAUGUUUUUCUAAAUAUGUUAACAACGAAGAUUUUUUUUAGAAAGACGAAGGGAGGAAACAUAUAUAAGACCGUUAGAGAACAUUAUCUCCGAGAUGAUAUUUGUUGUGGUUUUAAAGUAUGUAAGAAAUGUAACGGAAGACUUGGGAAUAUGAUCCUAGACGAGAAAGAUGCUGGUGCAAAAUCAUCUUUGAUUCCAAACCCUUAUUAUCUUGUACUUGAUACAAAUAUAAUUUUGAAUCAAAUAGAUAUAUUAGAAGAAGAUGUUAUCUGCAAUGUAAUUAUACUGCAAACUGUAUUGGAAGAAGUUCGGCAUAAAAGCUCCACUGUAUAUAAAAAGUUGAAAAAUAUUAUAGUAGAUGCAAAACGGAAGUUUUUUGUGUUUAUCAAUGAGCAUCAUAGAGAAACAUACAUUGAAAGAGAACCCGGUGAAAAAGCAAAUGAUCGUAAUGACAGAGCAAUAAGAGUUGCAGUUCAAUGGUAUAAUACCCACUUGGAGUUUGACAAUCACAAUGUAAAGAUUGCCUUAUUGACUGAUGAUGCAGAAAACAGAACACUUGCAGCUGAAAGUGGAAUAUUUGUUGCAUCAAUGGAAGAUUACAUUGCAUCAUUAAAAAAUGGAAAUUUUCUGUUGGAUAAAUUAUGCAAACAUUCUUAUACGUCUGAUUCUCAUGAACCAGAUAUGUUCCCUUGCCAUUUAGGACCUGCAGAAAUUCAUGAUGGUAUAUCAUCUGGCAAAUUAUUGCAAGGAACAUUCCUGGCAUCAAGAGAAAAUUUCCUCGAAGGCAAUGUGAACGUUGAAGGAAGGGAAAGAGCUAUAUUUGUACAAGGACGAACUAAUCUUAACAGAGCAAUAGAUGGUGAUAUAGUUGCGAUCGAGCUUCUACCGGAUAAUCAGUGGUCAUCCCCUAGUGAAAUCGUUCUGCAGGAUGAAGAAAUUGCAGAUGCUGAUGAUGUCCCAGAAGAUGAAAAAACGUUUGCCAAGUAUAGUGCAUCAAAAACGAAAGAACGAAUACCAACAGGCAAGAUUGUUGGUAUUAUUAGGAGAAAAUGGAGACAAUAUUGCGGAAUAUUGCAGCCAAGUGCAAUUAAAGAGAGUGUAAGACACCUAUUUGUCCCGGCUGAAAGGAAAAUCCCGAAAAUAAGAAUAGAAACUAGACAAGCGGAAAUAUUAAGUAAACAAAGAAUAAUCGUCGCAUUAGAUUCAUGGCCACGACAUUCGAGAUAUCCACUUGGUCACUUUGUACGAGCACUUGGUAAUAUAGGAGAUAAAGAGACAGAAAAUGAAGUGUUACUUUUAGAACACGACGUUCCGCAUAGCCGUUUUUCUGACGCUGUUCUUAGCUUCCUCCCAAAACUGCCCUGGAUUAUUACGGAAGCGGACAUCGCGCAAAGGGAGGAUCUUCGACACCUAGAUAUUUGUUCAGUGGAUCCACCAGGCUGCACUGACAUCGAUGAUGCGUUGCAUUGCAAAAAAUUACCAAAUGGUAAUUAUAAUGUCGGUGUACAUAUUGCAGAUGUGUCUCACUUCAUAAGACCCGGGACUGCGUUGGACAAAGAAGCGGCUUUACGCGCUACUACUGUAUAUCUUGUCGAUAAACGAAUCGAUAUGGUUCCAGAAUUACUUAGUUCAAAUCUUUGUUCCUUGCGAGGAAAUGAAGAAAGAUUUGCAUUCUCUUGUAUAUGGGAGAUUAAUCCUCAUGCAAACAUAAUCAGUACAAGAUUUUGCAAGUCUAUUAUUCGCUCUCGCCAAGCUAUGACAUAUGAAGAAGCACAAUUAAAAAUUGACGAUGCUACCCAGCAUGAUGCUAUCACAGUUUCAUUGAGAGGAUUGAAUAAGUUGGCGAAAAAAUUUAAGAAGAGACGUAUACAGAAUGGCGCUUUAAUUUUAGCAUCACCUGAGAUACGUUUUCAAGUAGACAGUGAGACACAUGAUCCAAUUGAUGUGGAAGUAAAAAAGUUAAGAGAGACUAAUUCUAUGGUCGAGGAGUUCAUGUUACUUGCGAACAUUAGUGUUGCUGAGAAGAUAUUGGCUGAAUUUCCAGAAUGCGCUAUGUUAAGGAGACAUCCUACACCGCCACAGAAUAAUUUGGAGCCAUUAAUCAAAGCUGCACGAAAUCAGGGUUUUACCAUAAAUGUAAAUACUGGUAAGGAAUUAGCACAAUCGUUGGACGAAGCUAAAAAAGUAUCGAACCCUUAUUUUAAUACCAUGUUAAGAAUACUAGCUACUCGAUGUAUGAUGCAAGCAGUGUAUUUUAUUAGUGGAAUGCAUCAAUCGGAAGAAUAUUCGCACUAUGGGCUGGCAUGUCCUAUCUACACACAUUUUACAUCACCUAUUCGAAGAUACGCUGAUAUAAUUGUGCACCGAUUGUUAUCUGUAUGCAUAGGCGCCGAUGCCACUUACCCAGAAUUAUUGGAUAAGAAAAAGAAUAAUUUAUUGUGCCAAAAUCUGAACUAUCGGAAUCGAAUGGCUCAGUACGCCAGCCGAGCCUCAGUCGCGCUUCAUACACAUCUGUUCUUUCGUGACAAAGUUCAGGAUGAGGAAGGGUAUAUCCUAUUUGUUCGUAAAAAUGCAUUGCAAGUGCUUAUACCAAAAUAUGGUAUAGAAGGAACGUUAUAUCUAAAUAAUCCUACCGCGUCGGCCACUACAUUUAUAUAUAAAUCAGAAGAUCAGUCUCAAACCUGCGGAGAUAUCAUAUUUCGAGCAUUUGACCUCAUCAUCGUGCAAAUAAGUUUAGACAGGUCUAAUAUUCAACAUGAAAAAUUAUUCUUUAAACUUGUAAAACCAGAGAUACCAGGUUUUAGCAUUCCUCCAUUGGACACAAAAGUUGCCAAUGACAAUGAAAAUUCUAUAAAAGAAACAUCAAAACGCAAAGCAGAACAGCAACCAGAGUCCAGCAAAAUUAAUAAGAAAGCUGAGAAAAAGAAAAAGAGAAAGAAGAAUUAAUCUUUUCUAAAAAGAUAUCCUUCCAAUAUAAUCUUUCAUAUAUCAUAUAAUAAACAUAAUAAA